AUGACCAAGCAAUCCGAGUCGCCCUCUCCGCCGAUGUCGACAAUCGGCCUCGCCUGUGCCGUCGCCGUCCGAGUCGGCAUCUCCAUCGCCCUCGGCGUCGGCCUCACCGAUGCCCUCCGAGUCGGCCUCUCCCUCAGCGUCGCCCUCUCCCCCGGAGUCAGCUUCGCCUUCGCCUUCGCCUUCGGCCUCGGCUCCGGCGUCGCCUUCCGCCUCACCGUCAGCGUCUUCCCCGGCCAAGCCCUCGCACUCGCCCACGCCCACGAUGAUGUGCCCGCCCAAGCCCUCGCGGUCGCCCUCGCCGAAGCUCACCACCAAGUGCCCGCCCAAGCACUGCACCUGCGAGUGUGCCUGCCCUUCGGCCUCGCCCUCGAGCUCGCCCAAGAAGUGUGGAUGCCCGUCUUCCGCUCCCGAGGCUUCGCCGUCGCCUUCGACCUCGUCGCCGCCGACUUCAGCGCCUUCGUACUGGGCAACUCGUCGGCUGUCGGUCCCUCGCUCGACAUGGUCAACGGCGACUUCGAAUCGGCGGCGGCCGUGCGCGGCGGACUGCGCCUGCGAAGCUUCGGCGUCAACCAGGCGGUCUCCGGAUCCGCAUGCACCGACGGAGAGAGCCAGCGCUUCACGCUGAUCGCGGAGGGCGGCACCAUUGACUACUCCAACGGGCAGCUCUUCUGCGGCAACCUGUUGGCUUCGGCCGACGCCGAGAUUCUCAGCGCCCCGUCGUUUGGCGGCGGCAGCGUCAAGGUGGGCGACGUGACCGAGCUGAGCGGGAUCGACUUCGAGGAGGCCGGCCGGGAGCUGCUCGACGAAAGCGAGACCCUCUGCAGCGCUGUUGAGGACGGCGAAGCCACCGAUGCCGAGGUCGAUUCUUCGGGCGGCAUCACCCUCACCGCCACAGGCGCAACUGUCGAGAUGUUCAGUGUGAGGGCCAGAGAUCUGUCAGCGGCCACCGGCGUCCGGUUUGUGGGAUUCGAGGGCCAGAGCAUCAACGAGGUAAUCAUCAACGUGAUGCGCGAGGCCGACGAUAGCGAAGCGUCGCUGGUGCUCUCCAACUUCGCCGUGGACCUGGGCUCGGUGCCGGUCCGCUCCGUGCUCUGGAACAUCUGCGGCGGCACCGACCUGGUGGUCAUCCAAGCCGUCGGCCUGCCUGAACGGCUCACCUUCGUGCUCUAUCGUCCCACCAUGGCAGGCGCACUCUUGGCUGCGGGCGCGGAUGUGACUCUGCAGAACGGGCAGGUGACGGGCCAGGUCGUGGCGAGGACGAUGCGCGGCUCCGGCGGCGGUCAGAUCAUCAAUCCUGCGUGCUAA